ACGCGGUUUAAGUUUGGCUGAUCCGCGAGGUGGCAUCUCGCCUCUUACUCACUCGUCCAGACACUUGUGACUCGCCAUUGUGAGCCGUACAGACUGUGGCACGCGACCUACGCGUCUUCGAUAUCGACUAGAAGUUCGUCGCAAAAGGUUAAACAAGCAAAAUGGCACAGGAACCUGAUAUGCCCACAUUCAAAUGUGUGCUGGUCGGCGACGGUGGUACUGGCAAAACCACCUUUGUCAAGCGUCACUUGACCGGCGAAUUCGAAAAGAAGUACGUCGCUACUCUUGGAGUAGAAGUACAUCCCCUGAUUUUCCAUACCAAUCGUGGGCCGAUUCGUUUCAAUGUGUGGGAUACAGCUGGUCAAGAGAAGUUUGGUGGUCUUCGUGAUGGCUAUUAUAUUCAGGGACAGUGCGCUGUAAUUAUGUUCGAUGUCACAUCUAGAGUAACAUACAAGAACGUACCCAACUGGCAUAGGGAUCUCGUUCGAGUUUGUGAAAACAUACCGAUUGUUCUUUGCGGAAACAAAGUAGACAUUAAAGAUAGAAAAGUUAAGGCUAAGAGUAUCGUAUUUCACAGAAAGAAGAAUUUACAGUACUACGACAUCAGUGCCAAGAGUAAUUACAAUUUCGAAAAACCUUUUCUAUGGCUAGCACGUAAAUUGAUCGGCGAUCCAAAUCUUGAAUUUGUUGCGAUGCCAGCUCUGCUGCCACCUGAGGUUACCAUGGAUCCACAAUGGCAGCAACAAAUUGAGAAAGAUCUUAAGGAGGCUCAAGAAACAGCACUACCAGAAGACGACGAAGAUCUUUAAUCUUUAGUUUACUUAAUAUAUUAUGAGUAGCCUUUACAGAGGUAAGGCCUACUAUGCAAGUGCUCCUUGAUUGUAACACGCACUUGCGUCUAUCUCCUAUAAAAGUGAGGUUUAAGAAUCGAGAGAAUUUCUUUAGGUAUGAAAAAGAGUAAUGUUUGAUCGCAAUAUUUAGUUCAAUAACUUUGUAUUCUGGACGUAAUUUUUUGUCAGCUCUUAUAUUACAAAUACAAUAGCCUUAAAAGUGGGUCACAUAAAUGCAUUGGAGUGCAAAAUUAAUAAAGUGUGUAUGUUUAUGUAUGCAAAACAAAACCUUAUCUAUACCAUAUCUGAUUUUCACAAAAAAAAAUUCUUCUAUGCAAUAAAUGUGAUAACAUUACGUAAAAUUUAUGGAAUUAGAAAUUUAAUGUAUUUAAGAUACAAGAUACUGAGAAAAAAAAAUUUGUGAUAUAAAACUCAUAUAGAAUGCAGCUUUGAUGAAUUUGAAUGUAACAUACGAUGCAAAACAACAGAGAUCAAAUACAAAUUUCUGAUUCGCUUGUGUAGGUGUGCGCGUGUGCAUGAUAUGUAAAUAUGUGAGAAAUGCAAUUGUGUAAACCAUGAUGUAAAUUGAAUACAAUGGUACUUCAACCCACUUUUUAAGGUACAUCGAAAGUAGAGUUCUCCGUCUUUUGGUUUUCCUUCCCUUUUUAGUCUCUUUCUCUUUCUCUCAUCUUCGAUGUAGAAUACAAACUGCCAAUUCUGAAGUGGAUGAUCAUUCAACUUACAAAUGAUUGAUUUACACAAAAAGAAAGAAUCUCUGAGAGACGCAAAACGCAAUUCGUCAAUAUCAGAAAUCAUUGUUUUCCAUUUAAGUACGAAUUACACAAUUCGCGAAAGAGCAAACUUACCGGAAAUGCUGGUAAUAAAAAAAAACACUGAGAAAUGUUGAAAGCAAAUGUAUUUUUUUUUUUUUUUUUUUUUCAAAUGUUU